ACGGCGUCCGCUGGGUCAUCUCAAGCUUGUCAGCGCGGCUCCCUGCCGGCCGCGCGGUGCCCAGCCCCUUCCUCGGCUCCGUUAGGAACUAGGGUGCAGCCGUGCUGUCGCCGUCCCACCCCUCUUUUUGUCUCCCUGACCCUACUGCCUUCGCAUUUCCUCGUGGGCACGAGACUGGGCUCGGGCUGAGCAGAGGAGCUGGGGCUUCCCUGUUUGUCCUGAGUUUCUGCCUGCUAGUCAGUGCUAGCCCGAAGUUUAGUGAACGUAUUUAUUCUCUCGGGGACACUGUUUUUAACAUCGCUGUGCGUUCAGUUCCGCUUGGACUCUCGAGUGUGUCAGUUCGUUCCAGGUGUGAAUUCUAAGAAGAAACAAAUGUGUUUUGACUGGGGUCCGGGGGAGUUGCUGGUAUGUGAAACCUCCUUCAACAAUAAAGGAAAAUCGGAGAUGGUGCCAUGCUGCCCCUUUAUCUAUAUCAUCCGGAAGGAUGUAGGCGUGUACUCUCAGAUCUUGAGAAAACUCUUCAAUGAAUCCCAUGGAAUCUUCGUGGGCCUCCAAAGAAUUGAGGAAGAAUUCACGGGAAAGUCCAGAAAAGCUCAGCUGGUUCGUGUGAGUAAAAACUACCGUUCAGUCAUCAGAGCGUGUAUGGAGGAAAUGCACCAGACGACAAUUGCUGCUAACGAUCCAGCCAGCGGCCGCCAGUUCAGCAGCCAGGUCUCCAUUCUCUCAGUAAUGGAGCUCAUUUGGAACUUGUGUGAGAUUCUCUUCAUCGAAGUCGCCCCAGCCGGCCCUCUCCUCCUCCUCCUGCUUGACUGGGUUCGACUCCACGUGUGCGAGGUGGAUACUUUGUCGGCAGAUGUGCUAGGCAGUGAGAAUCCGAGCAAACACGAGGGCUUCUGGAAGUUGGUGACCGUCUUGGUGCUGCAGGGCCGGCUGGACGAGGCCCGGCAGGUGCUGUCCAAGGAAGCGGAUGCCAACCCCCCCUCUGCAGGCAUGUGCCGCGUGCUGGGGGACCUCAUGAGGACGAUGCCCAUUCUCAGCCCUGGCAACACGCAGACGCUGACGGAGCUGGAGCUGCGGUGGCAGCACUGGCAUGAGGAGUGCGGGCGGCACCUCCAGGACGGCACGUUCGCCUCCAGCCCUCCCCUGGAGUCACUGUGCAAGGUCAUGCUGGGGGACGAGGCCGCCCUGCUGGCGCACAAGGACCUGCUGAGUAACUGGUACCACUUCCUGGUGACUCGGCUGCUGUACUCCAAUCCCACGGUGAAACCCAUCGACCUGCACUUCUACGCCCAGUCCAGCCUGGACCUGUUUCUGGGAGGGGAGAGCAGCCCGGAACCUCUGGACAACAUCCUGAUGGCCGCCUUUGAGUUUGACAUCCACCAGGUGAUCAAGGAGUGCAGCAUCGCCCUGAGCAACUGGUGGUUCGUGGCCCACCUGACAGACCUGCUGGACCACUGCCGACUGCUGCAGUCACACAACCUCUAUUUCGGUUCUAACAUGAGGGAGUUCCUCCUGCUGGAAUACGCCUCGGGACUGUUUGCCCACCACAGCCUGUGGCAGCUGGGCGUGGAUUACUUCGACUGCUGCCCCGAGCUGGGUCGAGCUUCCUUGGAACUGCACAUCGAGCGCAUCCCCCUCAACACCGAGCAGAAGGCCCUGAAGGUGCUGCGGGUCUGCGAGCAGCGGCAGAUGACGGAGCAAGUUCGCAGCAUUUGUAAGAUCUUGGCCAUGAAAGCUGUUCGCAACAACCGCCUGGGCUCCGCCCUCUCUUGGAGCAUCCGUGCCAGAGACGCUGCCUUCGCCACGCUUGUGUCAGACAGGUUCCUCAGGGAUUACUGUGAGCGGGGCUGCUUUUCGGAUUUGGACCUCAUUGACAACCUGGGGCCGGCCAUGAUGCUCAGUGACCGCCUGACGUUCCUGGGGAAGUACCGGGAGUUCCACCGCCUCUACGGGGAGAAGCGCUUCGUGGAGGCCGCCUCCCUCCUGCUGUCCCUGAUGACGUCUCAGAUCGCGCCCCGCUCCUUCUGGAUGACGCUGCUAACAGAUGCCCUGCCCCUUCUGGAACAGAAACAGGUGAUUUUCUCAGCAGAACAGACAUACGAGCUGAUGCGGUGCCUGGAGGACUUGACCUCAGGGAGGCCAGCGCGCGCCGAGCCUGAUGCCCAGCGACUGGAGGAGGACGACGUGGAGACCACCAAAGUGGAGAUGCUGAGACUCGCUCUGGCUCGAAACCUGGCUCGGGCCAUUGUGAGAGAAGGCUCCCUGGGAGGGUCCUGAGGCCGUGUGCAUGGACUUCUAAAGGAAUAAAUGCUUUCCUUUGCAAAUACAA